GUCUCCCCACACUGCUGCUGGGGGGACUUUUUAACCUAGGCCUGUGCCUGUGUAUGGCCUUCAAUUGAAGCUGCUUCCGCUCCGCCACUCUGCCAUUGGACUCUUGAUAGUCGUCUCCCCACACUGCUGCUGGGGGGGACUUUUUAACAUAGGCCUCUGUAUGGCCUUCAAUUUAAGCUGCUUACGCUUCGCCACUCUGCCAUGGGCCCCUGUACCGCCUCCUCUUGCUGCUACCAGGUCCAGAGUGUGUCAUGGGUCCCUGUACGGCCUCCCAUUGCUGCUGACUUCAUCGCCAGACUCUGCCAUGUGCCACUUUCAGGUCUCCUUACACUGUUGGUGGGUUCCAUUUUGUGAUAGGGUGCUG